CACUCUGCUGUAUAUUGUGUUGUAAAUAAUUAUUUGUAAAUGAUGAUACAUGUACAUUUUGAAAAAGAAGUGUUACUAUCAAAGGAGUAACACCUGUUACUUUUCUUGAACGUCAUUUUUGUGUGUGUCCCAAUGAAAUAUUUUUUUCCAUUGCAGAAAUUAGCUGACUUGUCCAACAAAAUCCAAAGAAUUGAAAUAAUGAUGAGCAUUCUAGAAGCUAAGUUGGCAUCAAUCCCAGGGCUGGAAGAUGUGACAGUAUCAAUGCCUGCACCAAGUGGGGCAGCUGCUGCACCAGCUGCAGGAUCAGCUCCACCUCCAGCUUCUGAUGCACCACAACCAGCUGUGGAGGCACAGGGACCUCCUGCACCUCCUGCAGAAGAGCCAGCUAUGACUGUUUCCAAAGAUCCAAGAUAUGCCAAGUACUUUCAGAUGAUUAAAGUUGUAAGUUUCCAGAAACACAGCUCACAGAUCUUGUUGCUCAUUUUUCAAUCCUCUCUGAGAGCUACAUCCAGUUGUAAUGACAUAAGUUCCUGGUUGGUGGAAUUUUAAUGAAUCCGCACUAUGUUCACAGCUUAUUGAUUUUAAAUUUCCCCUUUUUCCCACUUUUCUGAGCACAUAAAAUGUGUACUUAAUAGCACAUUUGCAUGAUGUCAUCUGAUUACAACUACCAGGGUUCAUUUUGUUUCUUCUUUAUUAUUUAAAUUCGUAAAUCACAGUGGGGUUCAAAUAACAAUUGCCUCAAUUAACAUGAGAACAACAACAAGAACUACAACAACAACUUUUUUUGUACUCAACUUAGAAAUUAGAAAUUAUGUGAACAAAAAUAAGUUAAAAUAAAAAGAGUACAUGGCUGCCCGAAAUAACCUUAAUGGGCUAAUAAGACUGAGCAGCCAUCCUUAGUGACAUAAAGUGAUUAUUAAUUUGAGACAAAUUAAAGAGAAAAUAG